GCGUACUCGACCCUGCCUGCAGUCCCAUACUCCAUACACCACCACCUUCCUCCCAAGCGAACAAAGACUCAUGGCGACUCUGCGGCGGUGCUCCGGGCUGCUGGUCGCGGUGGUGGCGCUGGCGCUGGCGGCGGGCAUGGCGGCGGCGCAGGGGCCGGCCGGCGCGCCGGCGCCGGCUGCCGGGAUCAGCUCCGAGUGCAUGACCGCGGUGCUCAACAUGUCCGACUGCCUGCCGUACGUGGAGAGCGGGAGCAAGACGCGGCACCCGGACAAGGCCUGCUGCCCGGAGCUGGACGGCCUGCUGCAGUCCAACCCCGUCUGCCUCUGCCAGCUGCUCGCCGGCGGCGCCGACUCCUACGGCAUCAGCGUCGACUACAAGCGCGCCAUGGCGCUGCCCGGCGUCUGCCGCCUCAACGCGCCGCCGCUCAGCGCCUGCGCAGCUUUUGGAGUCCCCGUGGGGCCUUCUUCGGCGCCAUUAACAGGAGUCUCUCCAUCCGCUACAGGGCCACAGAUGCCUGAGAACCCGCCAUCCGGAACGCCGUCCAAGUCCAAGUCCCACGCCCCCGGCAGCCUCACCGGCCGCGGUCUCGUCGCCCUCGCCGCCCUACCGCUGGCGUUCACGGCCGCCGCCAUGUUCUAGGGCAGCAAGAGUUCGCGAACGUGUGGCAUUGUGCCGGUCUCACACGCUUGGCCCGAUGAGAUCACAUUCUUCUCCAUUCUUGCCUCACAUUCCCAUUGCUGUACACGAGAGAUUAUUUUUCUGGUUGAUCCAUUCCUUGUAAUAGUUCCUUUACCUGUGUGUAAUCUGCUAGAGACGGUUGACAUUCUGUGUAUUACUACCUACUCCCUCCGUCCUCGAAUAAGUGUACUUCUACCGUUUUUCCUAAGUCAAAGUUUUAUAAUUUUGACCAACUUGUUAAAAAAGAGUAGUAGGAUUAUAUGACAUCAAAUUGGUAUAUUAUGAAAAUACAUUUCAGAACGAAUCUAGUGAUAUUAAUUUAGUGCCAUAAAUGGUGCUACUUUUACCUACAAAGUUGGUCAAAGUUUCAAAACUUUGAGUUAGAACAAAAGCUAGAUGUACACUUAUUCGCGGACGGAGGAAGUAGUUUGCAUUAUUGCUAUCUUUAAUUCUUUUCGUUAUGUGUUUUCUUCCUCCUAUA